AUGCAAUGCUCAAGGCUACGCAAGGGCACACGUAAGGCCAACAAAUGGAAUGCUUUUGUUAAAAAAGAAGUCGAACAUCAUAAUGCAGCAUUACCAGCCAGUGAGAAACAUCACAAGGCAUGUGAGCUCAUGUCCGAAAUUCAUGCACAUUGGCAGGAGAUGGACGAAGAUCAACGCACCAUCAAAACUCAAGACAUCAUCGAGACCCUUACUGAACUUGUACUGGUGUUGAAUUCAUCUUACUUGGUGUACGAGGAGAUACAGAACAUUAGAAUCAGCCUCACAUUUUCCACACGGCUCGCACAGCUGAGUUCUUUGACUAUUGCUUCAAGACUUCAAUUGGCAUGCUUGCAUUUCGCUUCGAAGGCUAUUGUAUUGCAGGUGUACAAGCUUCAGGCCGCAGCAGCACCUGCACAGGCACAGCGCAUGUAUUACACUAACUUUGAUACCAGCAUUACAGCGAAGUACCGCAUGGUACUUGAGAAGUGGCCGCUAUCGAAGUUCUGCUGCCCUGGUGACAUAAGUUCAUGCAAUGAACUUCGUGUCUUGUACCAUGCCUGGAACACUAACACUAUGUGCUUUCAGCGGCUUUCAGAUGUCAAGUUUGAGGAUUGGGAGAAUGGAAGGGAUGUUGAUGAAGACAAUAAUUCUACUCCUCCUGUGCCAUCACCUUCCCCCCCUUUCACGGAGAUACCUACAUCGACAGCAGAUAUUCAGUCCCAGCCACUUUCAGCACUGCAGAGCAGAAAGUGGCCUGGGGAGGAGCUCAAUGGUGUGUUCUCUGUCUCGGGAGAGGCCAUGCCGGUCCAGAAGAGGGCGCGGUGUCAUGCAUGGCAUAUUCAGCCAACAGACUUUCUUUUCAGCCACCAAGCAUGUUUUAAGAUGGCUGAUUCAGCACACCAAAUGGCAUUGUUAGCUGACUCAACACACCAAAUGGCAUUGUUAGGCCUCCAAAAGGUAUAUAAGGAGCCCAAUUUUGCCAUGUAA